AUGCUUAAGCUCGAGGAACAUGCAUCAUCCACUCGAAGAGAUCUGCAAUUCGACUCGCUUGUUAGUCCUACGAAUUCCAAGGUUGCUAUUCCUCGGAUUGUGCGCCCCCAGCCACGAAACGCAAUCCGCCGUGCUAAGAGAGCAUGCCUGGAAUGCAGACAUCGAAAGACGAGAUGUGACGGCUACCAGCCAUGCCAUCAAUGUGACUUUUUCAAUGUCGCUUGCGAGUAUGCUGAGGGGAAGCAAGAGAGAGCCAAGAGACGAGUUGUAGAACUUGAAGAACAAAUUGGUGUGUACGAUCCAGUAGAUGCCCAGGACCGAGAGAUGAUCGAUAGAGUUCUCAAUCGGGUAUUUGGAGCGGGAAAACCGAUAGUUUGGGAGCAGGAAGGCCAGUACCGAAACAAUCGGCAAGUAAACCAGAUUUGGUUGAUCGCCAUCAAUAUGGAACACCAAAGCGGUGAAAAAAUACAGGUGUUGGCCAGUUUGGCAGAGGCGGCAUAG